GCACACCCCAUUGCUCCUCCCCGCUUCAAAAGGAAGGAAAGGGCAAGCCCCGGCCCUCCGCGAGCGGGUGUGAGCGCAGCCAAGGUGCUCAAGCCCUCAACCCUCUGAAAGCCUCCCGUGCUGGUGCUCCACGGAGGACAGACCAAGUCAGCGCAGCAGUGAGCGAUCCCUCCCCACGCUCCUGGGAUGGAGAGUCGGCAGCACAGCGCCACCGAAGAGCCUGAGAUCGAGCUAUUUGUGAAGGCUGGUCUGGAUGGAGAGAACAUCGGGAACUGCCCCUUCUGCCAGCGCCUCUUCAUGGUGCUGUGGCUGAAAGGGGUCAAGUUCAACGUCACCACAGUGGACAUGACCAGGAAACCUGAAGAGUUGAAGGACUUAGCACCAGGCACCAACCCACCCUUCUUGCUGUUCAACAAGGAGCUGAAAACAGACUUCAUCAAGAUUGAGGAGUUCCUGGAGCAGACCCUGGGCCCACCCAUGUAUCCGCGCCUCAGUCCCAAGUACAAGGAGUCCUUCGAUGUGGGGAGUGACAUCUUUGCCAAGUUCUCGGCGUACGUCAAGAACCCACGCAAGGAAGCGAAUAUCAGCUUUGAGAAGGCCCUGCUGCGGGAGUUCCAGCGCCUGGACGUUUACCUGAACACGCCUCUCCCUGACGAGAUCGACCAGGACAGUGUGGAAGAUGUCACCGUCUCCAAGAGGAGGUUUCUGGAUGGAGACCAUCUGACGCUGGCUGACUGCAACCUCCUGCCCAAACUGCACAUCAUCAAGAUUGCAGCCAAAAAGUACCGCAACUUUGAGAUCCCGGCAGACAUGACAGGCGUGUGGCGCUACCUCACCAAUGCGUAUGCCUGCGACGAGUUCAGCCACACAUGUCCUGCGGAUGAGGAGAUCGAGCACACCUAUGCCAGCGUGGCCAGAAAGAUGACCUAACCCGCAAGGGGCACCCGCCUCCCUCCGCAAGGCAGGGACCGGAGGGGGCUCAAAGCACUGCUGCCCCUGUCCUUCCUAAUAGUGCCUUGCUUCACACCACUCCUCCUCCCGCUCCUCUGGCAAGGACCCAU